AUGACGUAUUGGUACCUCACGAAGGGCACUUUGCCACUCUACGUCUCGGUUUGGUCGCUAACGGGGAUACAGAACUACCGCUUCUACGGCGCUGUCUUCGGUGCGGUCGGGGGGAUGCACGCAGUGCGGGUGCUCAACAUCUUCCUUUUGUCCCAAGCUCGCCACGAGCUGGUGGCUUCAUUGCCGGCAUCUGGAACAAGUUUUUCUCGCGGUAUGGAUUAUUUGGUCGAAAGCGAGCACUUCUCGACGGUCUUUGCCCUUCGCGAGGUGCUGGAAACCAGCUCCCAGACUCACAAACUGCUGGACUACUGCAGCGAACCAGAAGUUCUUCAGACACACGCCGCGCUCGAACGCGUCGUCACGCUCACGUUCGAUGCGCUGAUCAGCUUCGGUAUCAUGAUCGUCAUCACGCUGAUUGUUUUCCUCCCGUACGUCAGGGGCUUCGACUUUGAAAUCGAAGGGUUCAAGAACCCAGACUUCCUGUACGACCCGGUUGCUGUCGCCGGGAUGGCCCUUGAGAAUCGACUGCUGUUUGCGUCAGGUCUCUUCGACUUCGGAACGAAAUUGAUCCCACAACUCAGCAUUAUCCUCUCACUGGUGACUGUGGGGGAGUUACUGGGACACAGUGAAGCGGCAGUGAUCCCUGGAGUUGAUGAAAAGAACACCAAAUAUGUCGUCGUGCGACCGAAAGGGGGUGGUUCGGAUACUGAUGACGUCAAGGAAAUGGCGUCUUCAAGCCCGCAAGGAUUCUCGGAAACCAACCUCACAACUUUACCCGACGGCCUCUACAAGCGGUGGCACGCUCUAGCAGUGAUCGCCUUCGAGAACGGCGUCCUGGCGCAGAUUCCGUAUCAAAUGUUCUUCUCUCGAGUGUACAGACUCUCGUUCAUGGGGAACCAGAUCAAGACGAUUCCUACGCUGGCAAUUAUGUCUCCGCGCAUGAUCAUCCCGGACCUCAGGCUGAAGGACAACCCGCUGCAGGAGCUCCCCGCUACGCUCAUGGCGCCGGAUGCAAUGGUCAUGUCGCUGAAUGUCCAACGAACGAACUUGACAGCGAUACCGGCGUGGAUUAAGACCCAAACGAAAGUUGUUUGGGCUGCCGGCAACGAGGCGUCCUUCCCGAUGUACCUGUUCAAGGAGAUGUAUCCAUUCAACUAG